AUGGAUCCAAAUUUUACUAGAAGCAAACUGAAUGAUUCACCAUCAUCUCAAUCAAGUAGAACUUCGGCCUUAUCCAAUUUUAUGAAUGAAAAGUUUUUCCUAACAUCACCAGCAAUACUAGAAGAUUCAAUAGAGAGUGUUGAGAAUGCUCUAUUUCAACAAACUGAAAGUCAUUUAAUAUGGCCAAAUGUGCUGAAAAUAUCAUCUCAGAUUUCCCGAAAGACACUGUAUUUUUAUCCUGUAAACAUGCUGUGCAUUAUGAUUGUAUUGACAAUCCAUAUAAGAGAUGCCCUUCCUGCCUAA